AUGUCCAGAGAUCCAUAUAUAGACGUCAAGCGAGAGAUCGAAUCGACCCUCUCUACCUUACCAGACCUUUUAUCCACCCACAGCUCAUCCGACCCAUCUUCCUCAACAUACCAUGAGACUCAAGAAGAGUUGAAAAACACCCUUCAGAUCCUCGAGGGUGAUUUGGAGGAUUUGGAGGAGAGCGUGAGGGUCGUUGAGGGUAUGGGUGACAGAUGGGGGAUAUCACCUGAUGAAGUAGGGAAUAGAAGGAGAUUUGUUGAGAGGGUAAAGAAGGAGAUAAGAGGAUUGAAAUCGAAAGUGACACCCACUAAAGGAAAAGGAAAAGCGAAAGCGAAAUCCGAUAAGAAUGGGCGGUACAAGGAUAAUCCAGACAUAGAUCUGGAAAGGGGGUAUAAUGAUGAUGAUGGGGAUGAUUUGGAGGAAGCCAAAAGAUGGGAAGCGGAGCAGCAGCAGCUCCUCGUGAAAAGGCAGGACGAUACCCUCGGUGUUAUAUCUGGUACACUCCAUACAUUGGCUAGUCAAGCCGGUUUGAUAGGGAAUGAAGUAGCAGAACAGAGCGAGAUGCUGGACGAUCUGGGCAAUCGCGUAGAUUCAACAGAUACCAAACUUCGUAAAGUACAGAAAACAAUGUCAGAUUUCAUAAGGCGUAAUGAAGAGACCAAAUCAGGUUGGUGUAUAGGUAUACUAAUUGUUAUACUUAUGAUCCUCUUGCUAUUGGUUAUUAUAACGUGA